AUGGCCAUCUCACGCACUCCAUUCUGGCCGAAAGUACGGCGGUGGUGUGACAAGCUCAAUGUCGAGGAUUUUGGAAUCGAGCCCGUCCCAGAGGAGCUGCGUACCGAUCAACACCCACGGGAUCUGUUUACGGUCUUCUUCGCGGCGAACUGCAAUACCGCGACCCUAGCGACGGGAUUCCUUGGCCCAACAACGUUUGGGCUCGGCUGGUGGGAUUCAUGUCUCGCAAUUAUAUUGUUCAAUAUAGUCGGCGCGGUUCUUCCAGCCCUGGCUGCGCGGUUCGGUCCAAAGCUCGGAUUGCGUACAAUGGUCAUACCACGUUAUUCUUUUGGCUGGUGGCCUUCGAAGAUACUGGCCUUUCUCUACCUGAUAAAUAUGCUCGGAUGGUCAAUCGUGAAUGCGCUCUCUGGAGCUUCGGUGCUCCACGACGUGGGUUCCGGAAAGUUACCUAUGGCCAUUUCGGUUCUGAUUGUUGGCCUGGUCGCCAUCACUCUGGGGCUUCUCGGAUACAGGGUCUUCCAUAUAUACACCAGGUAUUCAUGGAUUGUCAUGCUGACUUGCUUUUGUAUCACUGCGGGAUUCGGUGCUUUGCAUUUUGUCAAUGUCCCAAUGGGCCAUGGGAGUGCUGAGGCUUCCAAUGUACUCUCUUUUAGUACGUCAAUCAUUGGGUUUGAGGCUGCAUGGGCUCCAAUGGCUGCCGAUUAUGGUGUUUACAUACGCCCUGAUAUCAAUGAUUGGAAAACAUUUUCCUAUGCCUAUGGUGGUUUGUUAUCAAGCCAGGUGCUACUUGAACUGCUGGGCGCGGCCUUUGGAACCCUUCUUUCCAGCCCAAAUCCUAGGUUUCAGAAUUCAUAUGAUGAGCGCGGAAUGGGCGGACUCGUUGGCUCAGUGUUCGAGGACAGGGCUCCAGGAGUCCGCAAGUUUGGAUAUGUCGUUGAAUUUCUUCUUGGACUAUCCACCGCCGCCGUCACGACAGCUAAUAUCUAUUCUCUGGGUCUGAGUGCACAGAUGAUAUCAACAAAGCUUCUUCGUAUAUCACGUAUGGCUUGGUCCUUCGCUGGCAGUGCUAUAUUUCUGGUUCUUUCCAUGGCUGCUCGGGAUUAUCUCGAGGACGUUUUGACGAGCUUUCUGUCUAUAUGCGCCUACUGGCUUGUUCCAUUCUGCACUGUCUUCUUUCUUGAGCACUUUAUCUGGAGGCGGGGAUAUAAAUAUGACCUCUCUGUCUGGAAUGACCCCUCCCAGCUCCCCUAUGGGCUUGCGGCCACGACUGCCUGGACUUUGGGGACUGCCGUCGCAAUUAUUUCCAUGAGCCAGACCUGGUGGAUUGGCCCCAUUGCUUCUGGUAUUGGGGGUACGGAUGGGACUGAUAUCAGUUGGAUCCUGGCAGUGGCUGUGUCUGGGGUCUUGUAUGUCCCCUUAAGGCUGUGGGAGCGGCGAAUCUGGAAGGUAUAA